UGAGCAACCUGUGGCAGGGCCUCGCCACCCUCACAGGAAAGAAUUUCUUCCCCCUGUCUAAUUGGAAUCUUCUGUCUGUCAGUUUAAAGCCAUUCUGCCUUCUCCUGUUACUACAGGCUCCUCUCCAGAUUUCUUGUCUGUCCCUUUAGGCACUGGAAGCUUCUCUAAGGUCUCCCUGGAGCCUUCUCCAGGCUGAACAAGCCCAGCUCUCUCAGCCUGUCUCCAUAGUAGAGGUGCUUCAGCCCUCGGAGCAUCUUUGCGGCUCUCGCUAUGCUAAAAACUUUAGUGAAAAUGCUGGUGUAUAUGGUUUAUUUUAUUGUACAGUACAAAAAUAAGGUAAUUUUAUCUGGGAACCCUGCAGGGAAAAACUUGGGCAACCCUUCUGGGUCUUGCCUCUACCAAAGGCCAAAGUUCAGCUGUAAGCAACCUGAUUGUGGGGCUUUCCAGCUCUUGAGAUUUAGGAAGAAAGUUGUUUUCUCUGGCUUCAGGCAUUUCUGCAGAUGCAUUGCAAGCAGUUCUCUACAGCAUCUGGAUUUUCUCUUGUAAGGGAGUGGAUGCACUUGGCUUUCAGUUGCUACAGAAAUACCAGUCACUGCUACUGCAGUAUCUGAUGUGUUCUGCAGUGUGCCCUGCUCUGAAGACCUGACCAUCUGAAUGCUCAGCCACUCUUGGAGGAGGAGGUUUGCUUUGCCAUGGUGGUGGAUCCCUUAUGCAGACCUCAAACCCCCAGCCUGGGAAAGGCGGAUGGGUGAAGGCUGGGAUGAGCGGCAGCGGGCUGGCCGCAGGGUGGGCUCGGCCGCGUGUGCGGGCGAGCAGAGGGAAAUGAGCUCACUUCUGCGGCUCUCCCUUCUGCAGCCCGCUUCCUCCUCAUUUACAUCUCGCACGCUGGCAGCUGUGGGAGAAGGAAGAGUGGCAACCGCAGGGAUGGAGCUGCUUGUGCUGGACCUGCCUGCGGGAGCAGAACCAGGGUGCAGCCUCAACACCCAGCACUGAGGUCCAGGAAGUGGCUGUGGCUGAGCCGCUGACCAGCUCCCCUCUUCCCUUCCUGAAUGGCCUGUGCUCUCAGAAAUGUGCUUUUGCUUUCUACUAAGACCUAUUUCUGACACCUUCUGAGUCUCAUAGAGGGUACUUGCAUCUUCUGGAGACUAAACGGUCAAAGGGAUCCUCUAUGAAAUUGGAGGAGCUCCUCGUUGGUGUCUAGAUCCCCAGUCAAAUGUCCUUCAAGCCCAAGGAUGUAGUUUUCCAUGGUGCUUGAUGCUCACCUGAGUCCAUGUAGGCUCACUGCACAUGUUCAGUCUGGUGGAGUUAUUUCCUUCCCUUCCUCCCUGAACUCAUGCAGCCCCAAUGUCUGCAGGUGUCAGCAACCAAACCAGUGGAUUGCUGCAAAGGCAAGUGAGCCAGCUUUGCUCAGAACAACCCAGAAUUAAAUCUGAAGCCUUCUUUGAAUCCCUCUUUCCACCAGAACACCUGGCAAGAACUAGCGGAAUCCUGAUGGCUGAAAACUGGGGAGUGAAGUUCAUCUUAAAUUAGAGGCAACUGCUGCUAUGAGCAGCUUCUGAGAUAUGGUAGACCUUCAGCUUCCCAGAGCAGUUCUCCAUCGCAGUGGGAGAAACAGCAGCCCAUGGAGAAACAUUUCUGAUUUGCUUUGCCCUGACCUGUCCGAGGCUGUGGUCCUGCUGUGGUGUGGGCUGAGAAUGACCCUUCUCUUGGUGAUUCCACUUUGGAAGAAAUCACAUUUCUUGCAGGAAAACAAGGGGCAUGCUAAGGUGUGGUGAUGGGGUUGUUGUUUUCUGUUGCAGUUUCCCCUUUCCCAUGGGGUUCUGGUGCAGCAGCCCGAGGUUGACCAAGAGGCUGCUCUCAUGUUGCAACUUUUCUCAUGGUUUGUGCUUGGGAAUUUGAGGGUUGUUAAGAGAAAAAGAUGAUUUGGAGGAAGGAAGAGGUGGGAGGAAUGGAGGAAGUUUAGUGGGUGGAAAACUGUAUGGAGAUUCCCAGUCCUCUCCUGCAGCUGCAGGAAUUGCUGCUGUACGUGUGGACACUGCUUCAAGCAGCUGAAUUUUCUUCAGUGUAAUCCACUUAUGCUGCUGAGGUGAACUGGAGCUUCCUGAAGAACUGAUCAGAAGAGCAGCUGCUGGCAGCUCAAUCCCUAUCCCUUUACUGCACUGAGGUUAUAAAAUAAAUAAAACCCCCUCAGAGCACACAUCCACUUCUUCCCAGGAGGGCUGGGUUGGGUGCAUGAUGCUACUCGAGAGGAGAAGGAGGGGAGCAAGCAACAGUGUUGGGAUGUUUUUAAAGCCACAUGGCUGCAGGAUGUGGGGAAAGUGUGAAAUAAAGCACUGCUGCCAGAUGCCCCAGCACAGAGCUGGCGGCUGCUCUGUGGGAUCAGCACUGGUGUGUGGCUGCUUUCUGUGGAGGACAGGGUGACAAGGUGCUGUGGGGGCUCCUCCAUCCCAUGGUGCCCUGUCAGUGAGCACCUUCACUGCUGGGGAAAGGGGGGUUCACUGGUUUGGGUUUGGUCAGUCAAAGCCAUGAUCUGGGGAUGAAGCAGGGGAUGAUGUACAUUGUUUCCUCUCCCAGCUCCUCCUGGGCUACAGGGAAGAAGAUGUAUUGACCUUUGGGACAUCACCUUGUUUGGUGGCACAGUAUGAAGGAAAUCUCAUCAGAAGGUCACCCUUGAGCUUCCAGAUCACCCAAGAGCAGAGUAUUACCACAGCACUGGCAGUUAUGAAGACACCACUUGCUGAGUCCUUGCUGAGAACUUGCUGCUCAUUUGCCUGAAGUUCAUCUUUUCCCCAGAUGCAAAUGCUGUCAACUCCAGUUCCACCAAGUUAGUAACAGGGCACCUUGUGCUGGAGACCCUCUGCUUCCCCAGGAGAGAACCUCCAGCACGGGCAGGUGCUGAAGGGACUUUGUGGUGGCUGGGCUGGUGUCCCCUGGGGGAGCAUUAGACACCAGAGGCAGAAGACACAGGCGCUGGCAUGGAGGAAAGCCUCUUCUCGAGGGUUGCAGCUCAGUGGUGUUUGUGAGCAGAUGUGCAGUGACAAUGAUGUUUUUCCCAAGUGUGCUGGCAGCCCAGUCUCCAUCCCUUCUUUUCUCCUGCCCUCCAAGCUCUCCUGGGUGGACCCUCCAAGGGCUCCUGAUGGUGUGGGUGGGCUCAGUGCUGGUGCUGUUCACCACUUCUCCAUGGCCAGCUCACGGUUGCCACCAGUAUGGCCUGUUGGGAGCCCAUUGCCUCUGAGUGCUCCUGGGGCGUUGCUGGGAGAUGUGUGCUUGCAGGCAGCAGCCAUGGGCAGGAGGCCUGCUGUGCACAAGGAUCACCACUGCCAUGAUAGACUCCCUGGAAAACCUGCCCUUUUUGGGAUGAGCAGUUUUUGACCUUCUCACUUCUGUCUCCAUCUCUGCAGGAGUGCUGCUGCUGACAUGGAGGUCCCGCUCCCUGGUCUCUUCCUGCUUCUGGUCCUUCUGGCACUGGGGGGAAGCAGGGCAGUCACAGCCUGGGCAACAUCUUCUGGCAGCUGCAAGCUUGUGCAAAGCACCAUGGACUGCACUGGAAGAUGGCUCAGCUCUGUCCCAGGAGAUCUUCAAGGUGAUACCGAGGAGCUGUUGCUUGAUGACAACACUAUUCAGGUUCUGGGCAAUGAGUCUCUGCUCUCGUACCACCAGCUGCGAUGUCUCAGCUUGACCAAGAACCGGCUGGAGCUCAUUGAGCCCGGUGCCUUCCUCAGCAGCCAAGGCCUCCAUGUGCUCUCCUUGGCAGACAACCUCCUCUUCACCAACUACUCACAGACAGCAGCUGCCUUUUCUGCUCUCCCAGCUUUGAGGAUGCUGGAUCUAUCUGGAAACCACCUCACUGAGGACAUGGUAUCAGUUUUGGUCUGGAACCUGUCUUCCCUGGAGUCCUUGUCGGUGGCCAGGAACAUCAUCAUGAGGUUGGACUCAUCCGUCUUCACGAACCUGACACAGCUGUUGGAGCUGAACCUGGAGAAGAAUUACAUCUUUGAAAUUGAUGAAGCUUUCACAGGGCUGCAGCGACUGCAGAGGCUCAACAUAGCUUACAACUACCUUCAGUGUGUAGUAGAGUUUGGGCUGACCCAGCUCAGGUUUCUCAAUGUCAGCAACAAUGUCAUUGAGUGGUUUCUGGCCCUGGAAAGUGAUGACCUUUUUGAGCUGGAGGUGCUGGACCUGUCCUACAACCACCUCCUCUUCUUCCCUGUUCUGCCUCGGCGAAGCAAGCUGUACUCCUUGCUGCUGAAGGACAAUGAGAUGAGCUUCUACCAACACCUUCCCAAUGGCACAUCCCUGGCAAAUGUUACAGUACAGUUCCUGCUCCUUGAUGGCAACUCCACCAACAUCACAACGGUCAGCCUCUGGGAUGAGAUCUGCCACAGCAACCUCUCCUCCCUGCGCUUUCUAGACAUGAGCCGGAAUCAGCUCUGGUACCUGCCGGAAGGUUUCCUGGCUCAGAUGCCUUCCCUGACCCAUCUGAAACUCAACCAGAACUGCCUGGAGAUGUUUCACCUGUCUGAAAGGGACCCUUUACCCAUGCUGGCAGAGCUGGACCUCAGCCAGAACAGGCUGGUGGAGCUGGGGGUGGAGGUGGGUACCAGGGAUGUGCUGCCCAACCUGCAGCUCUUCAACCUCAGCACCAACAGGCUGCGGACACUGCCUCCUGGGGUUUUCACCUACACCAGAAAGAUCACUACUCUGGACCUCAGCCACAACCAGGUUGAUCUCUGUCCCCAGCCAGUUGCUGCAGGUGAGGCAAAGAGUCCCCCCUGUGUGGACAUCACGGGUGUCAAGACCUUGACUCAUCUCUCCUUGGCUGGCUGUGGUCUGAGGGGUCUAGGUGGUCAUCCCUUCCAGGGAACACUGCUGAUGCAUUUGGACCUCUCUGACAACCAUCAGGUACUGUCCGGGAACCUGGGGUGGCUGCAGGACCUUGUUCUGACACUGCAGGUGUUGUCUCUGAGGAACACCAGUCUCUCCUCCACCACUGUGGACUUCUCUGCCUUUAGCAGCCUUGUGCACUUGGACCUUUCGGGGAAUUCCUUGACUGCCUUCCCAACCUCACUGGGUGCCCUGAAACUGCGCAGCCUGAACCUGCGGAACAACUGCCUCCCGGCUCUGCCAAUGGACAUGGUGCAGGCACCACUGGGGAAGAGCCUGCGGGAGGUCUACCUCAGCCAGAACCCCUACAACUGCUGCACGCUGGGCUGGUGGGACUCCCUGCAGCGGGUCGAGGGCUUGCGUGUCCCUGACGGGCAAGAGGUGACCUGCAGCUAUGCCUCCCGCACACUGAGCCCCAGGGCACUGCCCGAGCCCAUUCUGCGGAGCUGCCGCUGGCAGACGGCUGAUCUGGCCCUGCUCUACCUGGUGCUGGCCCUGCCCACCUGCCUCACGCUCCUGGUGGCCUUUGCCAUCGUCUUCCUCACAGUCAAGCAAAAGCUGCUGACAGUGGUGAAAACUCGGUGUGGGGUGUCCAGCUCUUACUGAUGGCUGAGGAGAAGGAGGAGGAAGGGCUCGGGAAUGCUGAAUGCAAGUUUGUUGUCAGGAUUGCAGGCAGUAACCCCUCCGAGGUGGGUGAGAUGGAGACGUGAUGGAUGGAGGAUACAGGGGGUGCAGAGAGAGAUACUGUUCCUGCUAUGGAUGCCCUAAGGGUACCCAAAGGAUGUGGGGCCAUGUCUGGUGAUGGAGCCUGAGGCCAUGCUGUCUUCAGCAGAAACCAUCAGCUGAUGUUGGCAAGAGUCAGAAUCAGAGAAUCAACUGGUUUGGGUUGGAAGGGACCUUAAAGCUCAUCCAGUUCCAAUCCCCUGCCAUGGGCAGGGACACCUUCCACUAGACCAGGUUGCUCCAAGCCCUA